AUGGGAGAGUAUACAGUAGUGGAUGUUGGUGAACAAUUCUUCAUAUUACAAGGAAGAACAGAGGGAGUUGAGACAGUUAAUAGCACGGCCACUGUAUUUACAUCAUUUGUUGCCAAAGAAAACAGUUCGGAUACAAUAGAAAUUCUACUUACUGAUGAAGGAGGAAUACAAGUUAUAAUCAAUGGUGAAGUGAGGGAUAUCUCAGUGGAUGUUUCUACUUACAUGUUUGACAAUGUGUCUGUCAGGAUGGUUAAUGAGAGUAUACUGUGUACAUUUGCAUCUGGAAUUGCGCUGCAGGUGAGUGCUAAUAUGAAUAUGUUAACAUCUGUAGUUAGUUUACCAGAGGAAUACAAAGGUACAACAGUUGGACUGUUAGGUCAAUGGGACGACGACCAGACUAAUGACCUCCUGCUUUCUAAUGGUACACUGCUACAACCAAGUGAAGGGAAUUGGACAGAUGAAGAAAUAUUCAUGUUUGGACAAUCAUGGCAAAUCGAAGAAGAAAACUCACUUUUCACCUACUCAGAGGGAUCGUCCUACACUGAUCAACGACAUGAUGACUUUAUACCAGUGUUCUUGAACACCAUUGAGGACCUAUUCAUUGGACAAGACAGUCUACUCAAUGAUUCCAUACUUCUCUGUGCUGACAAUGUACAAUGUUUGUAUGAUAUUGGUAUCACUGGGGAUGUCAGUAUUGGGGAAGUUACAUUACAUGCAGAACAUACUUACCAUAUUGAGAAAGAAACUAGAGAAAACUAUCCUCCAGUGUUCAUUGAGACGAUGCCAUGGCAUUUAAUAUUUACAGCAAAUGAAUUAUUUACACUUGACCUAGAAGCCUUUGACCCCAAUGAAGACGAUAUAACAUAUUCUAUCAUCAGUGAUACAGUACCUAUAUCUACACUAGCUGGUAAUAUCUUCAGUUGGACUCCACAUGCUGUGUCUGAUUCAAUGUCAUUAUACUUUACUGCUAGUGAUGUGAAGGGUGCUGUCACUACAUACAAACCUGAGAUAUGGCUAUGUGACUGUAGCAAUAAUGCCACAUGUUCUUAUAGUAGAAUAAAUGAAGUCACUUAUCAAGAAUCCAAUCCUGAUGGUUGCUAUGUGGCUGACUGUGUCUGUAGCAGUGGCUGGACAGGAAGACAUUGUCAGGAAGAAAAAGAUGGAUGUGAAAGCAAUCCAUGUUAUCCAGGUGUUAACUGUACAGACUUGCCAGCUGGGGAUAAUAGGGAAUAUAUAUGCGAGUCCUGUCCACAUGGUAUGGUAGGGGAUGGUGAAAAAUGCCAUGACAUAGAUGAAUGCAAACAGGAGAAUGACUGUACACGAUAUGCUAGGUGUACUAACCAACCUGGUUACUAUGAUUGUCAGUGUCCUCCUGAGUAUUAUGGCAAUGGAUUUAUCAAGUGUACUGAAGCUGUGAAAUAUGGAGCAGUACUGGUUUACGAUUAUUUAGAGUUUUCAAAAGAGUUGGAGAACCCAGCCAGUAUGAGAUACAGAAAUCUGGCAGCUCAGAUUGAAAGGAGUCUGAAUGAAACCUAUCAGAUACUUGACAGUUUCAUUGGAUCCAAAGUCAUCAAAUUCCAGAGUGGUAGCUUGGUGAGUUAUAGUGAGUUAUCUUUUGAUCUGGAAACCAUGGUAACCAUAGAUGAUGUUAAUGUCAUAUUGCAAGAUACUAUAGAAUGUGAUGGUAGUGUUUGUUACAUGAAUAAUACACAGAUGCCAGGAUAUGAAAUUAAUAAAGCAUCAUCAUAUGCAUCAGAUUUAAAUGAAUGUGUACUUGGUGUAAAUGAUUGUCAUCCAGAGUCGACUACAUGUAUCAAUUUAAAUGGAACAUUUACAUGUCAAUGUAGACAAGGUUGGAGAGCAUACAGCAUACCUAAAAUGUGUGAAGACAUUGAUGAAUGUAAAGAGAGUAUAAACUGUACAUCUCCAAAUACGGCAUGUAUAAAUCAACCUGGUACAUUUACCUGUACUUGCCAAGAUGGACACAUUGGAGAUCAAUUCAGUGAACUUGGAUGUAUAAAUAUUUGUAAUUCUAACCCAUGUCGUCAUGGAGGCAUAUGUACUGCAGUAAAAAAUGGAUUCAGUUGUCUGUGUCCAAGUGGAUAUACUGGCUUAACAUGUGCACAGAACGACCCGGAAGUACAAAAGUUAAAAUUGAUAUCAAUAAUUGUUGGAGCUGUUGCUGGACUUCUCUUGAUUGCACUCUGUGUAUCACUUAUUGUGGUGUGUUGUAAAAAGAAAAAAGUUCAUGUGCCACCUCCUAGGGAAGAAGACAUAGAUGAUUUACUGUGGUCAUCAGGAUACAAACCUGGUAUGCUAAGGGCUACUCUACACCAUAGGGAUGAUUUUGAAGGGUUAGAAUUAGAAGAACAUAAUGAUAAUAUGGGAAUAUUUACCAUUGAUGAUAACCUAGAAGAUGAUGAUAUUCAGUACCAACCCUUUCCACUCUUCAAUGGUGAUGGUGCCCAUGGUAAUUCAGACGAUUUUCCUCGGGUAAAUGGAACAUCCCAAAGUCGGCUGGGAACAGAAUACUUUUGAAAGAUGUACUCGACACUCAGAGGGUGAUUUUUUCCCCAUAUUGUGUGUGAUCUGACUUAACACUGCUUCUUUGUAUAGAGCAAACUCCAGGAAAUACGUUUGUUUUACACACUGCCCAUAAACACUGCCAUUUUUCUACCAAUAUACAAUUUUUUUUUUAUAUUUACCAGUCUACAUUACUGCCAUUGUUGCCACAAAUGUUGAACAUAAUUAAUUUUAUUUAUUUUUUCAUAUUUUGUAUUCUAUGUUCUUACUGUGGUACCAAAAAAAGUAGGUGCAUGUUAAUAUAUCGUGUCAGAUUGCAUAUAUUCUCGG